CGGGGUCAGAGCAUCCGACUGUACCCUGAGGUGCCUUCGGUUCUGGAAAGAUUGCAGAGCCUUCAGGUGCCCGUCGCGGCCGCGUCACUGUAAGAAGAGCAGCUGAAAACGAUCGCUGCAAGUUAACUGAACGAUGGAUGCACUCAGACUUUUCAUGACAGGUGAGGUGGAGGGGGCCAACCAGCUACUGGAGCUCUUUGGGCUUGUCAGAUACUUUGUUCAUCGGGAAAUCUAUCCAGGUAGCAAGGUUACACACUUUGAGAGGUUGCAGCAGAAGACUGGAGUUCCUUUCUCACAGAUGAUCUUCUUUGAUGAUGAGAAACGGAAUAUUGUAGACGUCAGCAAACUGGGUGUGACCUGCAUUCACAUCCAGAAUGGGAUGAGUCUUCACACCCUAACUCAAGGGUUAGAGACGUUUGCAAAGGCCCAAGCAGGGCCCUGAGGUCCAGCCCUGUGGAUGUGCCUCAUCUGACACCUAAAACUGAAAAAGGAAAUCAAGAAGGCAUUCUCAGGUGCAUUUGUUCUUUAUUAAAGUUUAUCUGUGUGGGACAGAAAAGACCUUCUCCAUGGCGUGGAUUGUUUCUAUUUUCUACUGUGAAUGGGGUGGUUGUCCUGAGAUCCCCAGACCAGAGUGUGGGAUUGAGACCCACAGGUUCUGCCUUCACCCGUGACCCAGGCUGUGAUCCCGAGGUCGUGAAGAACUCUCACCGCGCUCUUAGCGGUGCCCUCCCAAAGAGCAUUUCCUUUUAGGGAGCCAAGACGAUUUGGGGGUGUGGGGGGGUCUUUUCAGGUAGUAGAAAUGAAGCGGCCCCUUUAAGAGGGGUAGGCUGGCUCAGCGGAGGCUCUGGCACGUGACAGCGCGGUUUCUCUGCGGCUGCGGACGAAGUCACCUUAAAAGGUGGCGCCCAAAGGAGGAAUUGGCCCAGACCCUGAGCUCUGAAAACCACCUUCGGGGAGCGAGGCGGAAGGGUGCGGGGCACCAGCCGAGGGCAGAGGCGCGAGAGCCGAGGUCGCCAUGAGUGGGCUCCACCGACUCUUCGGAAGGGGCAAGAGAUUAUUGAAGAAUUUAAGCAGUCUUGGGCCAGCAGGCUUUGAUUUGAAAAAACUGACUGUUAAAAGUAUGGAAGUUGAAGGGAACGAUUGAAAUCAGAAAGUUUUCUCCAGCGCCUUGCACUUCAUUUAGUUUGGUCUGUGGAGGGAGGACCUUUGGCAUCUCCUAGGAUAGCAAAUGGAACAGUGUUGUCAAAAAGUGACUGAAGGGGCCGGGGAUUUAGCUCAGUGGUGCCACUGCCUGCCUCGAAAGCCCAAGGACCCAAGUUCAAUCCCCAGUACCUGAAAAAAAAAAAAAGUGACUAGAAA